UGAUCAUGGCCGCAAAAUUUACUUGGGACCAUCCAUGUUUGAAAAAACAAGACUUUGUAGCUCUGACAAACCUCUUGUCUCUUCGAAGCAAUGGCCAAGUUAAGCCGUCCUCGAACGAUGAUAUCGACCAAGAUGAACAAGCAUCGGGAAAGGACUACGCGGAGAGUAUCGAUACAACAAGUCCACAGCAAAUUUCGGAAUUCGGCAACGAUAAACUCAAGAAACGCUUUCUUGAUGUGAUGGCGGAAUUUGCAUCUAGAGAAGCGGGGGGUUCACACGUUACUUGUACUGCCAUAAGAGCGCACGGAGAAAAUUCCGAGAUAUAUGUCGCGAGAAAUGAGCCCUUCGACGAUUACGACAAGGAUUUUUUCUUCAAGUUUGGAUCUUUGUUGAACGAAUGGUCACGAUUAUCUGCUUCGCAAAAGGCAGUGGAGUCACCAAAGUCUUCUGACGACUUGUUUACAAAGUGGUUCGAUUGGUCACUUAGCCCUGAAACAAAUGCACUGGGUAAGGAUCAUGCUCCUUUACUAAUCCUUCUCCCAUUUGGCUAACGCAAAAAUAGCAGCACAUACUGAGAAGAUCUGGUCCGGCAUGUUGAGCUACCAGAGCACCAAAAUCCAGACGACAUACAUUCCUCGACUGAAACGCAGCUUGAAGAAAUGCAAUGAGAAUCUCGUCUUUGGUCCAGACAUCGUAGUUCAAGUCAGAUUACAAUACAACGAGUUCCGUGACCGAGUGUUGAACAAAGAGAGUCACCAGCUUACCCUGACUGAAUGUGGUAAAUUCGUCACGGAGGCUUACGACAUAUGGAGAGCCAGGGAUGCGAAACAUGUAAAUCAUCUACUCAACGAUAGUCCACCAGCUUUCACAGACACCCGGAAGCUGUGGGAGAAUAUCUACUACCUUGGUAGGCUUCAAGGUGCAUUCGCAACGAUCAAAGAGAGUCUCGCCACAAUCCCCAGCUUUUCCAGAAUAAAAUUUACACUGGUGGAAGCGCGAGAGGUCUUGAUAACACCACUGCAAAAUAAGCUAGGAUUGGAAGUGACGUUUAAACUGCUUGGUCUUCACCUCGAUUCGGCCACCAUUAAGCAAGAUCUCGGUUCGAACUGGACAGUAAAAGGGGCCAAGAAGAAACUCAUAAGCUUGACAGACCAGAGACCUCAAAAUCAUGCGGAAGUCCGGAUGGUACUUCAAUUGUGUGAUAUGGAAGAGACACUAGAUGGAAUCUUCAAUUAUAUGGGGUGCAGUAAAAAGUCUUGCUUCAUGUGCUGGAGCUUUCUUCUCGGGCUUGGAACUUUUACUACCAGAGGAUGCCAUGGUCAACUCUUUCAUCCCUGGACUGUGCCAUCAAGCUCGAACCUUCGACAAGGCUACGACGCGGUGA